CCAUGAAACCACUUUAAACUUAAAAUACUCCCAGUGAGGAUGGAAAAAUGAUUCCAAACAAAAAAUUACUAAGAAUUUCUUUAAUUUUGGUAUUUAUUUAUAUGAACUUUUCUCUAGCUAAGCGAAACUACGUUCUUUUACUAACCAGCAUCAAGUGCACCGGAAAUUACGAUUAUGUAUCAAAUUAUUCUUGUUCAUUUGAUAAAUCUUCAAAACGUCAAAAUUUAGAAUUUCAAAUGAAAAAGAUAGUCAAAGAUGUACGAUUUGAUUUGUUGGUUUUGGUGAAAAAAUCAAACAACAAAAGACAGACAGUUUACAAAGGACUUGAUGUAGAAGUUUGUGAUUUUUUGCAUACCAAUACAACAGAACCAGUUCUUCAAAUGUUUAAGGAAAUUUUGAUGGAUCCUAAAAAUAUUGUACCGGAUUAUUGUUCUGUGACGGAAAAUGACCAUAUGAAAUUGUCGAAUAUUGUUUGGAAUCCAGAGUUUCUUCCUAUAUUUUUACCAGAGGUUGAAUUUGUUGUUUAUAUUAUUGGAAAAGAUUUAAAGACAAUUUUUUUCAAUGGCGAGCUAAUGGGUAAAGUAUCUCGUAUCAGAAAGGCAAGAUCAUGAACUAUUAUUUUGAUGUU